AUGUCAGUGUGGAUGGAUGUUGAAUCAACAAAGUUCGAUCUUGUAGCUUACAAACUGAGCUUCGAGCUGCCAUUGUUGGGCAUGGUGAAGGACAACGCAACUGUGGCAGAAAAUAAAGACAAUCUUGGAAAGAUCCUUGAUGUAUACAAGGUGAGACUAAGGGAAUUAAAACUUGGGAGGAGACAGCUUCCCUUGGCAGAUAUGCACCAUGUCCCAGUUAUACAGUACUUAAUCGGAACUAUAUCCAAGGAUGCAUUUAAUUCUCAUCCUCGUGUAGAUUAUGCCUGGCCUCACAGGAACUCCUGA